AUGCCCAGCAAGGCCCCGACCAAGGGCAGCCCACACCAAACCACGCCCCGCCCCGGCUUCUUGCUGAGCACGACGGCGUCGUAUGCUUCCGUUGGGGUCGGACUGUUGGCGUCAGUUGGAGCCAGCAGCCACCAGAGACAGCAGGAGGGAGCUGUGCUGGCCUGGAGCAGCGCUGGGAGGAAGCAGGGUCUGGCCGAGCAGCACUGCCCUGGCACGGGCACCUGCAGCAGCACAGGCACGCCGCUUCCCAUCGUUGCUGUUGCCGGCUGGGCCGCGUCCUUGGCACACGGCGAGGGCCCUCCUGUCCCGGGCGGGAUGGGCCAGGCCAACUGCUGCUGCGGCUCCAGGGAGGCUCUCAGCGAUGCCGAGGCGGUGCUGAGCACGGACGUGCGGCUGACCCGGGGCCGCAAGAGGAGCGAGAGGCGCCUUCUCCUCCUCCAGGAGGAUGUGGUGGUCGCCAAGUUGCAGCAUGGCACCACCCUGCGCCCACAGCUCCGCCUGGCCCUGGACCAGCUGUGGGUGCUGAGUGGCACGAAGCAGGCGUGGGGGGAGGAAGAAGAAGAGGCAGAAGGCAGCGAUGAGGGCAGGACCUCCCUCGUGUUCAUCUGGCCCACCGGCUCCUGCAUUGCCGAUUUUGGCUCCCAGGAGCUGAAGGAGCUGUGGCUGGGCACACUGCUGGGGCGAGCAGCAGAGGCAUCGCUGCUCACCUUCUCCCGCUUCUUCUUCUUCUUCUCUCUUGCCCAGUGGAGGCCAUUCAGCACCAGGAGCCUGGAGAGGCUGAUGGAGCGCCAGGCAAAGGCUGGUCAGCCCAAGGGAGGACGCGUCCUGGAGGAGCAAGGACACCCGCUGGGCAGCGGCCGCUGGACGUGGUUCUGUGGGGACACGCGGGCUCUGCUGCUGCCCACAGCUUCAGGAGGGAGCACCAGGAGGAGGAGGGCGCUGCCCUGGCCCUUUGCUCUGCGGUGGGGCCCGGCCGCUGCCCAGGCGCCAGGGCAGGCAGGCUCCGGCUGCAGCAGGGCGCUCUUUGGGCAGCCCCUGGCAGCCCUCUGCGGGGACGACGGCACGCUGCCCCAACCCAUGCAGGAGCUGCUGGCUGUCCUGCAGCAGGAAGGGCCGUUGACGGAGGGGAUAUUCCGCAGAGCUGCCAGCAGGAAAGAGCUUCAGGAGUUGCAGGAGGCCCUGGACCGCGGCACAGACGUCGACCUGGCAAGCCAGCCGGCACUGCUGCUGGCCGUCCUCUUGAAGGACUUCCUCCGAAGCAUCCCCGCCAAGCUCCUCGUCAACGACCUCUACGAGGACUGGGUGGCAGCGAUGCAGAAGAGCAGCAAGGAGGAGAAGCUCUCAGAGCUGAAAGCGGUGGCCGACAAGUUGCCUGCAGCCAACCUCCUCCUCCUGAGGCAGCUGCUGUCCCUCCUGCAGCACAUCGGCCGCAGUGCAGCCACCAGCAGGAUGAGCUGCAGCAACCUGGCUAUCUGCGUUGGGCCGAACCUGCUGAGCCCGCCCAACGAGGAGCUGCUCCCGCUCGAGGCCAUGCUGGAGGUCACUGAGAAGGUGCGCUGUAUUGAGCAGCCGGCUGCAGCCUUCCCGGCCUGUCAGAGCUUGGCUGCUCCAAGGUCUCGGGACGCCUCCUCCCUUGAGCAAAUGCUGCUGGUCCGCUUUCCGGCAGCUGGCUUGAGAGCAAGGGCUUGGUGCGCGCAGGUGAAGGUGCUGGUGGAGUUUCUGGUGGAGAACUGCAGGGAACUCUUUGGGGAGGAGACGAGUGACCGUUCCUGUCCACGAGCCAAGGAGUCGCCAGCCCCCGCGGAGAGAUCCAGAGAUGCGUGUUUGGAAGAGCCAAGUGUCCCCGCAGCCGCAGCAGCCGCCGAGCAUCAGGCACCUCCAGCUUUGCCUCCCUCCACCCUCGAGAGCAUGGCGGGCUCCCUGGGGCACCCAGGAGAACGGGCGAGCCUUUUGGAAGAGAGAAGGUUUGCAGGCUCUCCCCGGGACGAGGGAAACAGAAGAAAGCGAAAGAGAAAAGAGGCCUGGGGAGAGGAGAGGGAAAGCUGCACGGCAAAGAAGAGGAGCAAGAGAGGAAAAGUUCCGGGGGACGGAGCAGUGAAAAGACGCCGGAGGGUGCAGCAGGUCCGGAAGCCCAGGUGCCGAUUUGUUUUCCGUGGCUGACCCGCUGUGCCUCGUGGGCCCCCGCACAUGGUGUCCCCAAUAAAAUAAAAUGAUCUUUCC